UUCAAAUGCAGUCACAAACAGCUUCACCAAGCGCCGUUCCCCGGGAAGGGGUUGGGCACAGUGUCUCCUCGCUUGGACCCAGGCGUUGGUCGAGGCUCACUGGGAUGCUGGUGGCCACAUACGGAGCUCUCACUCUCUGCCCUCACUGAGUCUGUUGAGAACUGCUACAUACAGGGGAACAGAGGGGUUGAGAGGUGGAGGAAAACGCUGAUGACUUCCACCAUGAGGGGAGGAAUAGUUUUCAUCUAUAUCCUGGCUGCAGCUUUGGCAAAGAAGCUCAGAUGGUGCAACGUGUCUGACAUGGAGCAGAGGAAGUGUGCUGAACUCUCCAAAACUCUGCAGUCUGUGCUGUCACCCAGAGCACAGGUGCAGUUCAUCAAGUUGUCCUGCAUUAGAGGGCACAAUGUCGAGGACUGCAUCAAGAAGAUACGGGGGAAUAUGGCGGAUGCAAUGUCUUUGGAUGCUGCCGAUAUCUACACAGCUGCAACAUUUUAUGGCCUCACCAUCGUGGCAAAGGAGAUAUAUCAGGAUGGUGGGUGUCUGUACUCCGUGGCUGUCACUCGAGACGAGAGCCUCGACAUUCGGCGGCUGAAGGGGAAGAGGAGCUGUCACGACGGGGGUCGGCGUAUGGCAGGGUGGAACGUCCCACUGGGAUUCCUGCUGUCCCAUGGACACCUCGAGUGGCAGAAGAAUCAAACGGUGGCUGAAGCUGCCAGUCGGUUCUUUGGUGCCUCCUGUGCCCCUGGUUCCAGUGCUAUGUUCCCCACCCUGUGUGCACUCUGCCAGGGCCAGAGGUCCUACAACAAGGACAGGAACUACUUUUGCGAGACCAGCCACAACGAGCCCUUCUACGGCUCUGGAGGAGCCCUGAGGUGUUUGGAGCAAGGAGUUGGCGAUGUGGCUUUUCUGGACAACUCAGCUCUUGCCAACAUGAGUGUAUCCGAAGCAGCCCAGUACAAACUGCUGUGUGCCGAUGGGACCCAGGCCAAUAUUGCGGACUUUGAAAGAUGCCACCUGGGCCGGGGCCCUGGGAACGCCGUUGUGGCCAGAUACAACUACAGGAAGUUCACCCGGAAAUUCCUUGGCAUGGUUCAGAACCUCUUUGGACGGAACGGAUCGUAUCGGCACCGUUUCCAGUUGUUCAGCUCGGCUGCUUUCAACAGGAAGAACCUGAUGUUUGGGGAUGCCACUGUGAGGCUGCAGAUCCUGACUGAUAACAGCGACCUCAGCCAUGUGCUGGGGUUGGACCACAUGGCCCUCCUGAAGGGAUUGGGCCACCACGGGAGCUCUCUGGAGAACAGCAUUGUGCGCUGGUGCUGCAUAAGUGCAGCAGAACAAAACAAAUGUGAAGAAUGGGCAUUGAAUACAAAGUCCACGCCACUGGUCUGCAUUAGAGCGACGUCGGUGAGCCACUGCAUCGAAAUGAUGAAGAGGGAUGAGGCGGAUGCUGCCUCUCUGGAUGCAACUCAUGCCUACAUUGCUGGGAAGUGUGGCCUUGUUCCCGUGGUAACAGAACACUACGGGGGCGGCUGUGGAAUGGCCAGCGACACUGACAGAGAUGCUCACGGAGGGCCAGAAGCGGCGUCUCCCAUCUAUGCGCUCUCUGUGGUGAAGAAGACUUCCCGAAGCGAGAACAUAUUUAACCUUGGCGGCAGGAGAAGCUGUCACGGCCACAUCUACAGCCCCGCCGGGUGGCUCCUGUUAACAGAAUACACUGUCAAUACCAGCAACAACGCCACUGGCAGCUGCAACAUCAAUAAAGCCUAUGCAGAUUACUUCCGUAAGGCCUGUAUGCCAGGGGCGAGCGUUAAGGGCAAGCUUUGUAAAGUCUGCAUUGGAUGGGAGCAAGCUGGCUCGAAGCCAUCCAACCUGAGAUGUGCCGCCAACCACGAUGAACUCUACUACGGGAACAUGGGUGCCCUGCGGUGUUUGGUUGGGAAUUCCAACAGGAAAAACUUUGGAGAUGUCGCUUUCCUGGAGCAUCAUAACUUGAUGGAAAACAUUGAGGGACUGGGCAGAAGUGGCUGGGCCACCGGCUGGACGUCUGAUGACUUUGAGUUGUUGUGUGUGGACGGAACCCGAGCCCCAGUCACAGAGUGGCAGAGAUGCAACAUGGGACCCGUCCCGCCAAACAUUGUCAUGACCAGGUCCGUCAUUGCCACCAAAAUUAAAGACUUCCUGAUGGAAUCCCAGGAACAUUUCGGGCCCAGCUCCGACUCCGAAUUCCAGCUGUUCCAGUCCCACAGGUACGGGGAAAGUGACCUGCUUUUCAAAGACGCCGCCAGGUGUUUGAGGCGAGCGGUUCACCAGCAAUACACGGACAUCCUCGGCCACCGCUACAGCAGCCUGGCCCGCUCCGUCUUCAGCUGCACUCAUUCAGAAAUCCUGGGCUUGUGCAGCCGGGACGUCUGCAGCGACCCCUGAGGUCUCCGCUCCCCGCCCAGAGCCAGCGCACCCUCCCACUCGGGCAAAGGCUUUUGACAAAGUGCCUUGAAUGUAGAGAAUAAUUGUUUAAAGUACUCCCGCCCGGGACUCGGAUCGGCCGUCUGCGUGAAUCGAUGUAACCACCCGCUGUCUGCGUUUACAUCCGUUUCUCUGCUCCCUCGCCGCUGGUGCCCCGAGUCUGGGUGAACCCCGCGUGAAAUCGUCCAGGAACUCAACCCCACGCGUGUCAAAGGCCAAGCACCGACUCUCAGCUGUGGCCGAAGGGAGGCAGUCUUCGUGAAAAAGUGGACGAAGACUCCAGCUGUUCUACCGCGCAAGAAGGAACUGCAGAUGCUGGUUUACAUCGAGGAUACACACAAAAAGCUGGAGUAACUCAGCGCCACAGGCAGCAUCUCUGGAGAGAAGGAAUGGGUGACGUUUCAGAAGGG